UCUCUACGUUGAGAACCAGUUCGGAUUCAAUAAAAGAUGCUUUGAAGACUAUCGUGAAUACAUUAUUCGAAUGGCGUUAUGAACUUCAUGAAGAUAAAUCAUUUUGUAUUCUAAAAAACUUAAUUUUUAAUUUAUUAUGGAAUUUAUGGUAUAUGGAAUUUGAUACAUUAAGAUAUCAAGGAAAAUACCAAGAACUUUUCAUUUUUCUUAGUGAUAAAAUUAGAAAUUUAAUUUUAAACACAUUUACGAAAAAGUAUAUUGAACUUGGAUUUAAAUAUGAGUCGUCCACAAGUCAGACAUUUUUACCUACUCUACCACUUACUAAUGUCAAACAAGAUAUCGCGCAAAAUUCUUCUAAAAAUUAUAUACAAAAUACCAAUGAAGUACAUGCGCAAGAAGAAAUUCAGCAAAAUGAGACAAAGGAAGACAUAAAACAAGAAAAUGUCAAUUGUGAAUUGAAAGAUGAUUCAGUCUAACUAAUUGAAUAUCCUAAGGUUUCAUGUUAUGAUAGUAGUUACUAUCAAUAUCAUUGUGUAUUUGCCGAACAUUCGCUAUUUGUCUUUAUUGGUCAAGCAGUGGGAACGGUGUACUUGUACGUGUGUUCAUCGGCAUUCGUUAUUCGUCAUUUUCCCGACUGCUGUCGGUAUUUGUGACACGAAUCAAAGGGAUUAUAAAUAUUUGUCCAAAUACGCGAUAAGUGGGAAUGGUCUACUCCUCGGUUAUGUUUUUUAUUUAGACGAAA